CCGGAGUCUCCUCACAUAACCUAAAAAAACAUUGGAAAACCCGGUUAAUCCGAGUAAUUUAUUUUCAAUAAUCCACUGCAUUAAAACCCGGAAAGCUUAUAGUCAAAUCAUCAGUUAAGAAGUUCCAGCGAAGUAGAGGUAAUUCUCCAUAAAUUCCUCAAAGAAAUUUAGCAAAUCUGGAUGACACCAAGGAAAGGAUGAUCGCAGCCUCAGACCCGCUGGAAUAUUCACCAGGUGGACGCCAGACCUACGGUCGCCACCCGGGUUCCGUAAUUCACCAUCAAAAUGCCGAUAACCGAACUCUCCAAAAUGACAGCGCCCUUCUCCAAAAAUUCAGUCAAGUCAACAUAUCCGAUAAGUCCCUCAAAGAAUUCUGGUUGACCCGUGAAACUCCCAACCACGGGGAGGAGGAGCUCUACUGCUCCGGCAAAGUGGCAGUGCACUCUAGAGGUAGCCAGUCGACCCGAGUCCUGCGCACCUGCUACACCUGCGACACGGACAUAAAGCAUGCACUCUGGUGCAACUUUUGUACGGAGCCCCCAAGGCAAAAUCAAUCGCCUCCUCCAAACCCAGAGGAUCCAGAAGCCCCCGAGAAAACAGUGGAGUGUAUCUGCCUGCUGGACUCCUAUACCCUAAAAGUCUUCACCGAGACAGGUGAGGACUACGUGUCGAGUCUGCAAUUCCAAAUCUCGGCAGUUUGGCCGACAAAGUACGGAAUUCUCUUAGAGAAAUCCCAAGUCCCAGCGGCGUCUCGAUACGCGUCGCUGGAAAUCAGUCGAUGGGCCCAACAAAACGACCCGACUCUUCCCAUUGCGUUCUCCCUGAUGCACCCCCUCGACGAAAUCUGUCCCCUUCUAAUGAAGCACGGGACAAUCACCUACAUGUGCGAACCCACCCAGCAGAUCGUCUUCACCUCGUCGUCGCCCUCGCUGGCAGUGAUCUACGACACAAAGACAGGCCUGCACUCGGUCUACAAAAUAAGAAAAGCCACCCUCGAUGAGAGACAAGUGGUUUGUGGCAGCAGUGACAUCACCUCGAGCAUGUUCAAUCACUCGACCAGUGCCUCCCCCUUGCAGCUGCCUGGGAAUGCAUCUGGGAACAAAAGCUGCAGCGCAAAGACCCAUCUGAGCCUUUUCGGUGUAGCGAAUCCCCAGCUGAGCGGAGUGAACAUGGGGAUGAGUUUGGGAAUGUCGAACAGUCCUUUUGGCUCGAGAGGAACUUCCUACACGACCUCGUGCUCAGGAGGUGCCCCUUCACCUCAGCAACAUCAGUCAGCUCAUUCCAGAUCCCAAAGCCCCAUGGCAACGAUAUCAAGGUGUCAGUCCCCAACGCAUCCAGCGUUCUCUCCGUUAAUUGGAGGAUCCAUGGGCCCGAUAAUUCAUCAGACUCGUCUUCAUCAGACUGUCAUGGCAACAAUCAUGUGUCACUCUCAGCAUAAUCCCAGUAGUUGCAAUAGUUUUCACUUUCAAGAUGCGCCUGUUACUUCCAGUAAGCCGUUGUAUCCGGAGAUUUGUCUGGAUCACGUGUGGACCGAGAAUUCAGGGGUAUCCAAGGAGAUGCCCUCGGGGAAGGCAUCGAAGGUUCUCCUCACGUCAGACCUAGUGGGCCAGGGGUACCUGGGCUACCUCGUCCCAUCGAGAUCUCAGUUAUUUCUAGUCAGAAUCGAGAAGACUAAUAAACAACAGCAAAUUAUCUUUGGUAUGAUGUCUAGUAUUGUCGCUAAGGAUGCUGUUAAUCUUCCAUCAAUCAGCAUGAUCGCCAUCCUGGAUCUUUCCUAUGGAGUGACACUUUACUCGGGUGUCACAUGUGUCGGAAAGGUUCACAUUCCCAGCUUACACCCGUCUAUCGGCUGCAACUACUUCUCCAAUAAUUUAGGCCCGAAACAGGUGAGCUCACCCUUUCCCAAGAGAAGUUCCUUGAAUGCUCAGCAGAUCGGUGGGGACAUCAAAUUCGAUGAGGUCUUGCAUACCUUGAGCCCCGUUGGCACUUGUGGAAGACCCACAAUGCUGAUGGACAGCUCCCUUCAUGAUGCUGGAUUGAUCGGUCUCAAAGACGCAGUUGGAAACAAAAUUACUCUUGAGUAUGGGAACAAGAGCUUUUACAGGGUAUCGUUGCCUACCGCCAGUACCUCUCCACUAGUCACUAGAUGCCUCAAGGCCCUGAGGAGUGUCUUGCAACGUGAUCUAGCCAUGCAGCUGCUGGUCAAGUGGUAUGGAGCUAGAAAUGCCCCUGGGCCACAGGAUUUCUCGCUAUCCCAAGAGUGGCACCUAUUCAUCGUGGUUCUGCUGACUCUCCUUGGGUACGACGUUGAUAAGCUACCUCUGGUAAGGCGGAACGAUGAUGGCUGUACAGAGAAGAGUAGUCCCAUCGUUGUGCCCAAAAAACAGAAGACCAAUGACUCUGGCUCCCAAGAGGAUUGGCUCAAUACUCUCGGAUCUCAGGAGCACAAAAACUCCCAGAAUCUAGUGUCCAAUAUCCUUCAACUAUCAAAAUCCCUUGCUGUGAAAUCUCAGGCCACCAUUGGAAUCGAUCCUGAUAGCAAUCUCGGGCGAAUCAGCACUCAAGCUAUUCUGUUUCCGUAUCUACCUCUGGUCCUCUUCUCCCUCCAUCUUCUGUACGAAGAACUCAAGCUGAACUGCGUUAUGUCAGAGAGCUUGCCUCUCCUUGCCCAACUUCUCCAUCAACUCAGCGGAGAUCUGAAAUUUACUAUGUACACGCACUAUUACUUUCUGGAUCAUCCGGACCACUGUUCGGACUCUGCAUGUCUCUCACAGGUGACACCGGCUGACCUCCAGAAGAUCACCGCACCCAAUUACAUGCCGAUGAAACCACCAAGUGUCUUCGAGACGAUCAACGAAUUGUUAACGUCUGGGGAAGCAAUGGCUUAUCCCCACCUGAGUCGAGUUAACCCCGUGUCCAAGAGGAUUGUUCAACUGGUGGCGAUGGUCGCUAAUGAGGGUAGGGUAGACUCACUGGAGUUGGAAAGAUCCAUCAAGGUCAUUGUACCGGCAGGAAGUCGGGUUGAUUUCAAGGAGACUGGGUUCAAAAUGGAUAAGGAUGUGUCGAGAAAAGUGGAGAAACCAGUUGCUGAUAGAAUAGUCCUCCUCUACCACGAGAUGGGCAUGUCCAAGAAGGAUCUAGAGACGCUACCUCCGGGAGUUUCCCUAAUGCUGAAAGAUGUAAUGCACCGCUGUCGAGAGAGGCCCCCGUCCACCUGGCCACCCCAGGCCUACGAGCUGGUAGACCGUCAGGACCUGGCAGCCCUCGAAAAACACCUGAAGAAUCUUACCGAUAAAUCAGACACGGACUCCACUUCCAACUACCCAAUCCGCGACCCCGAGCAGGAUGACGGGAUGACCUUCGAUGACGCGAUCCUCAAGUUGCGUUUCAACAAAGAUCACCGGAUCUCCGAGGUUCGUCGGCUCCUGAACUCCUCGAAACCAGUGAAAAUCGCCAUUGUCCAACGCCCCGAGGUCUCCGAUCACGAGUUUAUCGAGGAGCAGGAACGACAUCUUCACGCUCUAUGCUCGAGAACAAUGGCGCUACCAGUGGCGCGAGGAAUGUUCACCCUGAGGACGUCAACGCCAAUCGUGACAGAGCAAUUACCAAUUCCCAGACUGUGUUUGACAGGAAAGGCGGCGCUGAGGGGUACCACAGUGGAGCUCUCCCAUAUCGACGUCCCCCCUAACAUGAACCUCUGGCCGUUGUUCCAUAAUGGGGUAGCUGCAGGUCUCAGAAUCCAUCCGGACGCCUCCAACAUCGAUUCAACCUGGAUUGUAUACAAUAAACAACAGCAGGGUGAGUACGGAAUCGAGCACUCGGGAUUUCUGAUGGCUCUGGGGCUGAAUGGACACCUAAAGAAGUUAGCACCCUUCAGCAUGUACGAGUACCUCGUGGAGUGUCACGAAUCGACGAAUGUUGGUCUUCUCCUGGGACUUUCUGCCACUCAUCGGGGCAGUAUGGACGUCUCCAUGACGAAGCUCCUAUCUCUUCAUGUGGAGACUCUCCUGCCGCCCACUAGCAUCGAACUCAAUGUCCAACAAAAUGUUCAGGUGGCCGCGCUCAUGGGAGUGGGGCUCGUCUACGAGAGCACAGCCCACCGCCACAUCUCGCACGCCCUCUUAUCAGAGAUAGGAAGGCCCCCAGGACCAGAGAUGAAAAACUGCGUGGACAGGGAGUCGUACUCCCUCGCAGCAGGACUCGCCCUAGGCCUUGUAGUCCUAGGACGAGGUGGUGGAGCCGAUCUAGCCAGCAUUCCUGACACCCUCCACUACUACAUGGUUGGUGGAAACUCGAGGCCGUUCACGGGCGCACAGAAGGAGAAAUAUAAAUCCCCUAGCUAUCAAAUUCGCGAGGGGGACUCCAUCAACAUCGAUGUCACAAGUCCAGGUGCCACGAUCGCCCUAGGUUUGAUGUACUUCAACACGGGUAAUCGAGCUGUAGCCGAGUGGAUGCGAGCUCCUGGCACACAGUUUCUUCUGGACUUUGUCAGACCUGAUCUCCUGUUACUGAGAAUUUUAUCCAGAUCUCUCAUCCUCUGGGACGAGAUUGAGCCGACGAACAGCUGGGUCUCCUCCCACGUUCCCGAUAUCGUGUACAAGUAUAGACUGCAGAAGCCAACAUCAGAGAUCACCCAGAAUGUCGAUCUGGAAACAAUGAAUCAGGCCUAUUGCAACAUCAUUGCUGGUGCCUGCAUGGCUCUUGGGCUCAAGUACGCAGGGAGUGCCAAUGAGAAUGCAUUCAAGAUCCUCUUGAACUAUGCGAAGAUGUUCACAGCCCUGUCUCACAAGUCUAUUGGAGAACUCGCAGGAAAAUCGACGAUUGAGACGUGCCUCAACGUGACUCUCUUGUCGGCUGCUGUGGUGAUGGCAGGGACUGGAAAUCUGGAUGUCAUGAGGAUCUGUAGACAGAUCAGGACCAGAGUGGGACCGGCGUCCAGUGUCGUUACUUAUGGGUCUCAUUUGGCCACUCACAUGGCUCUGGGGCUGUUGUUCCUCGGUGGAGGGAGGUAUACACUAUCCAACAGUCCCAGUGCUGUGGCUGCACUAAUUAUCUCUCUCUUCCCGAAAUUCCCAACGCACAGUAAUGAUAACAGGUAUCACCUGCAGGCUUUGAGGCAUUUGUAUGUCCUCGCAGCCCAGCCCAGACUGGUUUUACCUAGGGAUAUCGACAGCAGGGUUCACUGCUACGCCACCUUGAAACUCACCUUUAGGUCGGAGAAACUCGAAAAGGGACAGGAGAUCACCAUGAAGGCUCCUUGUCUUCUACCCCAGUUGGAGAGUCUGGAGAGGGUCGAGCUGAAGGAUGAUAGGUACUGGGAGAUUGUCUUUGAAAGAGGGCACAACUGGCAGCUGCUGGAGGGAAUGCUGUCUAAGUGUGAUUCACUGGAUGUCAAACAGAAAGCUGGAUGUCUCCCUUACGUGGAGGAUCCCCAGGGUUUCAGGAGUCUCGUUGCUCAAACUUUAACAACUGAGAAUGUCAUACCAUGGGCUGCCAGGCAGGAGCACGUCACCAGCUUCACCAACAACAAGACUGUUCUGAAUAUCGUCAAGUACUUCCUGCAGAAACGAACUAGUGAGAAUUUCGAGAGAAAGUUUGACGAGGAGGCGAUGCAGGGCAGUACUAAAGCCAGCGCGGGGCACGUCUCGAAGAGCUUCGGAGAGAGCUCCACAGAGAAAAUGGAGAUAGGCGAGACCUCCUCGCCUGCAAAGAGUCUCCACAGUCCCAUUAGUCCUCAGGAUGAGCCCAGGGAAGUCUCGAAGGUCGAGAGGUACUUCCUGCAGACCCUCGCCAUCAUUGUUUAUGAGUGCGUUAUUAAAGACAAAGUCAGUCUGCUGCCUCUAUGGGUGAAUCUUUAUAAAAGCAUUGAAAUCAUUGAAAGAAGACCCACGAGCAAUCUUGUGUGGCAGAUUAAACUUGUUGCUGCUCAUGUACUCACCAAGUGCCAGGUUGAUGAUGCUAAUGCUCUUUUUAGUGUUGAGAGUGUCCUUGCGAUUAAACAGAGAGUCGCACUGAUUAUGGACAUGUGGGAGGAAGAAUUACGGCCAGUAUUGAAAAAAUAUAUUGAAACAGGUGCAAUUGACGGAGACGUAGCUACCGUGAGAAAAUUCGCAGCCUACUGCACAUAUUACGAUAUUCCUUACACAAAUGCCCUUUCAGGACCUGUUGAUUCCAAUCCCUUGACAACUCAGCUCCAACUACCUGAGGUAACUUUGUACAAAUUGUAUAAAUUAAGUAGCAAUUACUCAUGGAAUUGAAGGAACAAAAUUCUAUCAAAAUUUCAUGCUGUUUUUUUAUUAAGUAACACUACACUCAGUUGAUCACAGUUGUAUCUUCAGGCUCCAAAUACACCGACUCAUUCCCGUAAACUAAUCCACUGUAAAUAGUUUACAUCUGUACUAGUUCUAAGUCGUGUUAUAAAUAUAUUUUUUACAAAAGAGAUAAUUGUUUUUGUUUAACAAAUUGAGAGUCUUUGAAUUACAUUUAUGGAAGAUUUUUGAAAAAUUCUUUCAAGUAAUAAAAUUAAAGUAUAAAAACA